AUGGCUUCGACGGUGAUUGUUGGAGGUGGCAUAAUCGGCAUCGCAACAGCCUUCUACUUAUCCGAACAUCAACCAGGCUAUACAAUCCACCUUGUCGACUCAUCUGCCCAAUUAUUCACCUCGGCGUCAGGAUACGCUGGGGGCUUUCUAGCCAGGGACUGGUUUCAUAAAGACCUUGAGUCUUUAGGAGCACUUAGUUUCGAUGAGCAUGAAAGGUUGGCCGAGCAGUAUGACGGGCGCCAGAAAUGGCUGUACGCCAAGUCUGUCACAGUGAAUUACGAGCUACCCAGAAGGAAGCCCAAAGGUCUUGGAGGGAAGGACUGGUUAAGUGAAGGUGGUAGUCGUGCGGGUUUAAUAGAAGAGAGGGUUGAAGUGAAGGAUAGGAAUAGUCCACCUUGGCUGAAACGUGUGAAGGGCGAUGCUCUUAGUUUGGUUGACAAUGGUGAAGGCACAGCCGUCCUUGACCCCCUAAAACUCUGCCAAUUCCUUCUUGAACGGUGUCGAGAAGCAGGUGUCCGGAUAUAUACUCCUGCUAUUAUUCGACACGUAGGCGCUGACUGCCACGACGAGCUGUCAUAUGUCCAUAUCGGCUACACGGACUGUUCUUCAGAAACGACGAUUCCGGCUACUAGGAUACUUGUAUGCGCUGGGGCAUGGACACCGAGUGUUUUGGAGUCCAUGUUUCCGGGGUCACAUAUCAACAUACCAGUCAUGAGCCUUGCAGGUCAUUCACUCGUGGUUAAGAAUCCGGGAGAUAUAGGCGAUACAUUCCACUCUGUGUACACCAGCACGGAUACCUUCUCACCCGAGAUUUACGCCCGGCCAAACGGGCAUAUCUGGCUCGGCGGCGUAAACGCAUCAAUACGACUUCCGCCGUUGGUAACAGGUGCAAGGCCUAUGGAUUCAUCGCUCGAACAGUUAAAAGACCUAGCGAGGCAAAUAAUCGAUACAAACGGCGAGGGGUUGGAGAUAGUACGUACGGGGCUAUGCUUCAGACCUGUGUCGGAGAGAGGGACGCCGUAUAUAACAAGGAUAGAGGAUGUAGAUCUACGGCAAGGUUAUAGCACGCGGAAGGGAAGAGAUGGAGGUGUUUAUGUUGCGACGGGGCAUGGACCGUGGGGAAUUAGUUUGUCGUUGGGUACGGGGAAAGUUAUGGCUGAGAUGAUGCAGGGGAGAGAGUUGAGUGCUGAUAUAAGUAAGUUGGGAUACAAUCCGUGGUGA